CCCGCGCAUUGCUCACCUGCCACCCGGCCGCUCGCUCGACGCUGCUCGGUCCACCGCCGUGCCCGCCGCGCCCGCCGCGACCGUCCCCAAAGUGCGUCGAAGCGCCCCUCGCCCCGCGAUCCGCACCGCCGCCGGUCCGCACGCGGUCCAGCAUGCGCCGGUAGCAAUCAUGGCUCUCUGGUCCCGGGCAACGCGGACCCCGGGAUCCUGCCGACGCGCCAUUGCCAGCCGUGCGGCGGCGCACCAUGGCCCGCGAGGCCUGCGGCGCCCGUGUCGCCCGCCAACGUCCGCCAACGUCCACACAAGCAGCCCCGCCGCAGCCGCGGCCGUCGACGCGCAGGGGCCGGUCAGCGGGCGCCUGUGGGAAGCAGCCAUCGCGUCGCUGCAGGAGGCUCUGGAGCGCCCGCUGGCCCAGCCACUGCAGCUGCGUGGCCAGGCGGCGCUCGAGUCCAUCCCCCACACGCCGCUCGAAGGGCUGCCAGGCGACCUGGACUGGGCCCGCGUUGCGCGCGUCGCGGGCAUGGACCUUGCCGACGACCAGCGGCUGUUCCACCGCAUGCACUCGCGCGCCUACGACGACCCCCACGGCGCCUGGGAGGAGCUGCGCUGGGACUCGCGGCACCCGGGCAUGCAGCAGCUCCAGUGGCCUGCGAACACGGGCCACCGCGUCAAUCCCUAUAACCUCCCGCCGCAGUCGCUGUGGGCUCCCGACAGGGCCCGCCUGACCGCCAUGCGCCGCCGACACACGUGGAAGAAGCUCGCCAUACAGGAGCUGAGCGUGGCCAUGCUCAUCCACUCGCUCUUGCACUACAUCCGCACCCCGCGCCAGCCGCUUCCCGGCCUGUCGCCGCACAUCAAGUUCGUUAUUGCUUUCGGCCCCAGCCAAGCCAUAAAAGCGCGAGAGAACAUCUUUGGCCAUUACUGGCGCAUGCAGAUGAGACCGGUCGAUACUAUCGUCGACGACGACGUGCUUGCCGAUAUUUAUCCAAAUCAGCCCGCCGUUCCGCGCUAUCACCAGGACGCCGACGGCGACUUCCACCAAAUCGCCCAGCGCCUGAACCUCAAUUUGAAACAGCUCCUACACCACGAUUCACAGGAUCGCAAGGACGACAACGAAGCUGCAGUCCCACUGGCCAAGAUCUGCCACAAUCUUUUUGUGUCCUCGGCUCCACCAGACGUGCAAACAUUCAACAUCCUCAUUGCCGGCUUCAGACGAUGGCGCCGUCCCGAGAUGGUGGAGCAUGUCAUCCGCGCAUGUCUUGGCUCCAAGAUACGUCCUAACGAGAUCACACUGCGCUACAUCCUGAGCCACUACAUAUCCGAAAAUCGUGCAGACGAGUUCUCGGAGUUCGUGGCAUGGAUGCGAGGUGCCACUGAUACACUGAUGCUCGCAACCCCGGACAUCACUAUCAACGAAGCGAGCCAGGGCCGUCUCAUUCGCAGAGGCAAAAUGAAGGUCUUUCAAAAGGUGUAUCCUACACCUACGGUGUUCGAUGGUCUGAUGGGUGGCGUGCUGAAGUUUGCUGGCUUUGAGCGCGCUCUAGAUGUAUACUACGAGAUGAAAUCCGACGGCUGGGGCCUCGACAUGGCUGGCCUCAGACGGUUGCUAGGCGACUGCAUCCGCCGAGCCGACUGGCAGGGUGGUGUAUACGUCUGGGCUGAAAUCAAAAGCAUCCAAGACACGGCAAAGCCACUAGACAUGGCCAAGGCGUACGAAUACAUGCUUUGCUUGGGCUCUGUGACGGGCAACACAAGUGCAUUUAACCAGCUGCUGAAGGAGAUUGCGAAUGGGGGCCACGACCGGCACGCCAUCAUCACUCGCGCGAUAAAACGAGCCAAGAGAACGAGCCUGUCCCCGGCCUGGGCUGCAGACAACCUACUCAUCGCAGUAUCCGGCUUUGCUCAAGACUACCAAACGCCAGAGCAGGGUGCCACUCCAGAAUUGAAUAUUGAUGAUCUAAUCUACGGACAACCAAUCGUAGAGGGAGACGACGAUAUGAUGGUCGACAACCUAAGUAAUUGGGACGAUAGCACUCCUGUGGAGGUGUCGGAGCAGAAAGCAACGGACGCUACCGAGACAUGGGCCUCCUGGGUCGAAGCCGAGUUUGGAGAACGGCCAAAAGAGCCGGAGGCCCAUGACUGGCUGACAGCGAUGACGAGUGCGCCUGUCGGAGCAGAGCCAGACCCUACAGCGUCCGAGGAGGCCUGGGAGAAAUGGCUCCAAGCCGAGUUUGGCGAGGAGCCGGAAGAGCCAAAGACAUGAGCGCUGGUACUAUGUGCACGGCACGACCUACGGAAGCAUGGGACGGCGUUUUGGUUUGCAUGAGACGGGGUCGUUUAUUUGAUAUACCUUUGCAUGGAGAAGGAGUGUAGGUCUAGACUUUAUCUGUACAG